GGCUGCAGCCUGCCGAUGUGGUCCUCGGGCCAGGACGCCAGGGACGGGGACAGCUCCGUGUCAUCGGGCCGCCUCUCUGGCUCCUCGGGGGGUCAUGAGGCGUGUGCGCCCGCCCGCGGCACCUGGAAGGAGAGGCCGCCCCAGGUGCUGGGCCCCCGCAGGCCGCCCAGGAGGAGCGACCCCCGGCUGGAGCAGCUGAGGGACCGCAUCCGGGCCCAGGCACAGUGGCAGGGGAGCUGCGCGUCCCUGGGCGCCUCGGCCCUGUCCAGCGCCUCCUCGCGGGUGCUCCGCAGAAAGACCCGGAAGCUGACCGACACCCUCCCGGCCCCCGCGCACCCAGGUCAGUGGCGGCUGUGCCGGGCGGGCGAGGUGCGGGGGAGAGAGCAGGCGGGACCCGGCGCUGCAGAUCCCGAGUCCGUGAGUGUUCACGCCUGGAGGCGAGGCCAGGCUCUGGCCCGGGCGCUGCUGGGGCCGCCUCCCACCCAGCCCAGGCUGCAGACUCCUGACUCGGCGCCUCUCCUCACAGACACAGACGGAGGCCCCAAGUCUGCAGACACGGGGAGGUCACGCAGCCCCGCCCCCGCCCGCAGCCAGCAGCAGGUGGCCGAGAAAGCAGCCGGCCAGGCGUCCUGCGACCAACCUGCCAUGAUCCAGACUGCCAUGGCCACCCUGCGAGACCUCCGCCAGCAAAUCCAGGCCGGGCUGGAGCUGGCCCAGGGCCCCCGUGGGGAGCGGAAGCCGAAGCCGAUGCCGAAGCCGAAGCCGAAGUCGAAGCCGAAGCCGGAGCCGGAGCCGGAGCCGGAGGCCCGGGCAGAGACGAGGCAGCACGGCCCCUGGAGCGCCCCAGCCGCACACGACUCCUCCACGAAGUGUCCUUGGGCCUCGCCGGGGUGGGCCGGGAGUGUCCGCUGCCGGCCGCCACAGGGUGCCUCGGCCGCGUGGGAGCGCUGGCCACGGGGGGCCUGGGCAGCCCGAGGACGGGAGCCGUGUUCCCAGAGGCCCUGGAGCCCCCCAGAGAAGCCGAGCCCCUGCUCACAGCGGCCGUGGAGCGCGUCGGCAGGGCAGACCCGUCCGCCAUGGGCCCGGGCGGCCAGUGAAGCCUGCGGGACGCCGGGCCGCAGACCGUGGAGCCCCCCGGAGAGGCCCCGGCCGGCCACCCCGCGGCCCUGGAGCAGCAGCUCGGUGUUCAGGGCCGGCACCGCCUGCAAGGACAGAGGCUUGGGGCGCCCGGCCGAGGGAGCCAGGCAGGCGUGGCCGGGGCCGGCCGGGAGCGUGGGCACGGACGCCAGGCCUCCCUCGCCCUGCCCCAGGCCGCGGGGGCCGCUGGGCCAGCCGCACAGCUCGGCGUCCCUGCGGGAUUUCAUGCGCCAGAAGGCGGUGGCCCGGCGGCAACAGGCCCUGCAGGAGAAGGCCUCGGCCGCCCGGGCGCUGGAGCUGAGGAGCCAGCGGCUGCAGGAGGUCUACCGCAAGCAGAAGGAGGCCGUGCUGGGCAGGGCGGUCCCCGUGGUCUCCCAGACCACGCCCGGCAUCGUCACCUUCGUCCCCAGCUCCGCGCAGUGUGGGGGCGUGGAAGCCCCCGAGAGCCUGAGGUCUCCAGUGCCGGAAUGGAGCAAAGUGACCUCUGGCGUGGUGCUGGGGGACCAGGAGGCCCCAGGCAGCUUCUGCCUGUGUCUGAACAGAGCCUGGAGCCGCGCCGAGCCCCUGGAGACGAGCCGCGGCCAGGACAGCUGGGAAGGGGCCCCUCUGCUGCUGCCCGCCACCUCCUCCCUGGGACUGCGGCUUCAGGACCUGCCCCGAGGGCUGUGCAUCUACCUGGACCCCCAGGAGGCCAAGCGCCUGGGCACGGCCGGCCCCCUGCACUGGGAGCACAAGCAGGCCCGGCUGCAGGCCCUGGAGACCAUGGCCAACGUCCUCAAGCAGCGCGUCGACAUUCUCACCACCAAGCUGCACCGCGCCGAGGCGCCGGACGCCGCCUGGGACCCGGCCUGGGCCCUGCCGCCCUCCCGCCCCAGCACCCUGCCUGCGGCUGCUGCGUCCCCGGCCACGGCCUGUCCCGGAGCCCUGGUGCCCAACGGAGGCAGAGGGGUGCCCCGGCACUGGGUGGACGUGCAGACCAGGCCCCUCCUCUCUCCCACCUACUUCCUGGACGCUGAGAUGCUGCCGUGGGGCCCCGGCACCUGCCGUGAGAGCAGGUCCCCAGGUGUGGAGGGCGGCCGUCGGGAGCUGGAGAGGAGGCUGCGGCGGGAGCUGGCGUCCAUCCCGGCCCUCAGCACGCUGGCAGGGAGGUUCCAAGCCAGGGCAGCUGCUGUGUCCGGGGUGCAGGCCGAGGCCGCCCUUGUCCGGCUUGUGGCUGCCCCCUUGCCCUUCCCGCAUCUCCGCCUCUCGGGGGCCACGGCCCUCAGCCCACGCUGGCACUGUCAGCGGGAGCCCCGGGGCCCGCAGGCCGGGCACCUGGCCGACAUCCAGCGGAAGUCCUGGCGCUUCCUGGAGGCCCUGAAGCUGGGGCAGCAGGCCCAGGAGCAGGCGCUGGCCCUCCUGAAGCAGAGAGCGGAGCAGGAGGUGUGGGAGACGCAGGCGGCGCUGGACGGGCUGCUCUUCAAACACAGGCUGCAGCGGGCGAUGGACAAGCGGCCGGGCCAGGCCGAGCCGGACGCGGCUUUGCAGCUGGAGCGGCCGCAGGCCCGCGGGGACGCAGGACGGAGGCCGGGCUCUCCGAGCGCUGUGCCGGCGGGACCCCAUUCGCACCCGUCCCCAGCAGGGGGCGCUGCCGAGGCCUCCCCGGGCGCAGAGCCCGCGGCCCCCGCCCGGACGCCGCCCCCGGAAGACCCCGCCUGCCAGGUACGGGGCGGGGGCCGCGGGGCGCGCAGUCCCCAGGGCUCCCCGGCGGCCGCGGGCGCUGACCUGUCCGGCGUCCGGGCCCCGCCCCCGCGCGGGCCGCCGAGGCCCCGCCCAGCCGAGCCCGCCGCUCCCCGGGCCCGCGGCCGCCUCACCGCGCAGAUGCUGGAGCAGAGCCUGCGCGAGGAGCGGCGGCGCGCGCAGCACCAGGCCGCGCUGCUGCGCCUGCGCGAGAUGGCGCUGGAGGAGACGACGCGCGCCGAGCUGGCCUGGCUGGAGCACCAGCGAGGGCGCCUGGGGAGCAAGGGGGACAGAGCAGCGUGGGCGGCCCUGGCCGAGAGGCAGCAGCGAGCCCUCAGCGGCCUGGACAAGGGGAAGAGGGAGCUCCGGCGCCUGCGCGACCUCCAGCUGGCCAUGCACGCGGACCGGACGCUGCUCCUGCGGCACCAGAAAGACCUCCUGCGCGUGCGGAGGUCCACGGCCCUGCUGUGGCGGGAGCUGCGGGCCCAGAGCCUCAGCCCCCGAGUCCAGGCCGCCCGCGAGAGGGGCUCUGGGCAGACCCCGCAGCCCAAGGGGACGCCGUGCCCCAUGGAGACGCCGUGGCACAGUGGCCCCAGCAGCCCCCGCCCCUGGAGACCCCGUGACAGCACCGAGGCUCUGCACCCUGCCGCGGAGCCCCAGCGCGGGACGCCCGCCCAGGCAGCUUCGGGGCUGAGGUGGGGAGAGGACGUGCCUGCGGCCAGCAGCCCGCUGGUGGAGAGCGGCUGCCAGGCCGGCCCAGGCCUGGGGGCCCCCCAAGGCCCGGUGCAGGCCAGCGACACUCGGGCCUGUGCCGCAGAACCUGGAGAGCGGCCGCGUGCGGCCCCGCCAGCCGUGCAUCACCUGAGCCUCCUGGACGUGCGACAGCAGCCGCUGGGCCGGGCCUUGGCUGCCACACCGGGGAGCCCCACCCCAGCCCAGCCCUGGCUGGCGGAAGCCGGGGAGCCGCCCCCAGGAGACCCUCAGAGCAAGCCGAGCCCCGCCCUGGCUGAGGAGCCCCGGGCCCAGGCUGGCUGCCACACGGAGAGCUCCCCGGACUGGAGCCGAAACUCCCGGGAUGGAGAGGGUGUCUGUCAGGUGGCCGAAGGCAGCACUAGCAGACCGGAGGCAGAGCUGGGGCUGGAGUCGGCCAGGAGCCCGGCGCAGGAGCCCCAGGCAGUGGAGAGCGUACGGUCAGGGGAGCAGAGGAUGGAGGCCCGACAGCCAGAGGACCCCAGCGCCCCCUUUUCCAGGCUGGGAGCCCCCCUGCUGGCUGCCCCCCCAGGUGAGCGCCCCUCCAGGGACCCCGGCCUGGUGCAGGGGCCAUCACGUCCCCACUGCUGGGUCCUCCAGGACCAGUGUCCACUGCCCACGAGCCCCCCUCCCCAUCAGAGGGCUGCCAAGUGGGAGGUUCUGGAACCUUCCAUGUCUCAGACAAAAUCAAAGCCAGGCGAAGCGGAGCCCUGGGUCGCUGGACAGCAGCUGUGUUUCUGUGAGAGGGGUCCCUGGGCUGGAGAAGCCCCCAUCCCCCGGAGCUGCUCCUGUGUCACUGGGGCGGGGGGACGGGUAGUGUUAGCCACUGGGUGGCCUCCAAAGGGACUGAAGUCUGCCCCAGUUGGGGUCUUCCUGGCUUGGGUUUGCUGGCACAAGGGGAGGGGUCCUCCUGAAACCCCCCCUCUCCCUGCAGCUCCUGCCGACCUGGACGAGGAGGGGGCACCAGCCACCCAGUGCCCGGGCAGCCCCCUGCCCCAGCCUGCAGCCUCCCGGGGCCUGAGCCCUGCGUCUGCCUGUGGGACGUACUCGGAGCCCUCCGAGGCACGGGGGUCAAGCCCCGCCUCCUGGGCCAGCUCUGCCAGCGGGGGGCCUGGCCCCUCCCCCCCAGGGUUUCAGAAAGCCACCGCCGUCCUGGUGCAGCUGUCCGACAGCUCCGCCUCCCCGUCCAGCGUGGGAGCCCAGGACGAUCCCCCCACAGGCCGGGGCUGCGGCCGGGGGCUCUCCGCCCCCUCCUCCUGGGAGGCCCUGGGCCCACCUCCGUCCUCCGUCCCCGGGGGCACAGUGGGGCUGAGCUGGCAGGGGCCGCAGGCCUGGGCAGCUGGUGCGCUGGGCGGCCCUGCUGUGGAGGCAGCAGGGGCGGGAGCCUCGGCGCUGGAGCAUAGUCCUCUGCCCCCUCCGUCCCCUCCCUCCCCUCCCUCGGGGAGCUGGUCACUGCUGCUUCCAGAUGCCCCCUGGGCAGGGGCAGGGGCAGGGUCGGAGCUGUCGGAGGCCUCCAGCCACGUGUGGGAUGAGCACAGCGAGGAAGACCUGCCAGGACCUGGCACCGGUGCCGGCCCAGCCCCCGGCAGCCUGUCCCCCGCAGACAGCUCGGCUGACCUCCUCGGAGACCGAGUGGCACCCCAGCUGCACCCCUCCCUGGGCCCCAGGGACGGGCAGGAAGCUCCCAGAAGCAGCGAGAGCCCGGCCACCGGAUCGGACACAGGAAGAGCCACGAGGGCGUCUCCUGAGGCGGCCGACGGGGCCGUCACCGCGCACCCCUCUUCCUCCGGAGACUCGGACCUGUCGCUGUCCUUCCCGUCGGAGGGGGUGGGCUUCGGCGGGGGAGAGACGGCCCCUCUGCAGGCCUGGCCUGGACCCCAGGUCCCGCCCAGCCCGCAGGCUCCUCCUGGGGGCCCCGGCAGCCUGGCACAGGGUGGCGGGAGGCACAGACGCCCCCCUGUCCUGGAGGAAGCCAGGGCCCCACGUGCCGGCGGCGUCUUGGCGGAGAUUCUGUCUCCGGUGGAUGAGCAGCUGUCCUACAGCAGUGCCGAACUCCCCUCCUGCCCCGCCCGGGACGUCCGCCUGCCGCCACCCACUCACCCGGCAGACAGCGACGUGGAGGGCGCUGCCCUCUGCCCCGAGGACGCCCCUUCCCCGCCCGAGGAGGCCUCGCUCCCUGGGGACUCGGCGGACACCACCGGCCAGCUGUCCGCCCUGUCGGAGGAGUGGCUGGGGAGCGGGGCCGAGGGCAGCCGAUCACCUGAACUGGCCUGAGGGGCAGGCAGUGCCCCUGGGGACCCGCAGGGCUCAGCGCAGCCCCUGCCUCCAUCCCGUGUGGCUGGGGAGGGUCUGUGGGAGGCUGCUGGCUGUUGGCACCCAAUGGGGCGCCCCAGGUUUGGGGCCCUGGGCUGGCAAGGCCCUCCUGGGGGCCGCAGGCCACUGAGGCGUGUCCUGGGAAGGGGGCAGUGUGCCAGAGGGGGCAGGACACACCCUGGGACUCCCCUCCCCUGCAGCUGGGCCCUUGGGCAGCCAAGCCUGCCCAGCCGAGACCCCCACCAGGGACCCCCGGGCCCACCUCCCAGGCAUGGAGAGAGGAGGUGGACCUGGUGUCCACCCAGCGCACCCAGCGUGUCCUGUGUGGUUCGCUGGCUGUGCUGGCUGCGCCGGCCCCUCAGGCGGCACAAGGCUGGGUCCUGGAACCCUGGGGAGGGCAGACUCGGGGAACCUGCUCGUGUCCCAAGUGGGGGGUACGUGUGGGGUGGGAAAGUGGACAUGCAUGCUCACACAAGAACAAGCGCUUCCACGAAGCCCGUGUGUCCCGGGGUGGACGCGGCCACCCAGGACGGCUCAGACGGGACAGGGUCUGCGUGUUCCUGGACACGGGGCCCCAUGUGCCCAUCUGGUCUUGAAGGGCACCAGUCCAAGGUGGGAGGCCACUGGCCAGGCGCAGGCGUGGGUGAGGGCUGGGAGAGGGGAAGACAGUGCGGGCUGGGGGCUGCCCCGACUCAGGGCCCUGGUGGGAGGGUUCGCAGGUGCCCGGGUGCCCCUCUGUCUCCAGCGAGGUCUUGCCGACGGGGACCCCCAUUCCUGAACUGAGUGGAGGAAGUGGCGACCCCAGGGCGAGGGGCCGGGCGUGCUCACGGCACUGCUGUGGCUCCCGAAGGCCCCGGGCACCCCUUUCUCAGGAGCAGGGCCCCUGGCUUCAGCAGACUGCCCCAGGGUCUGCACCGCCGCCUCCUGGGGCAGAGGGGGGAUCUCUCGUUACCCUAAGGGCCCCUCCCAGCUGUCUCCCAGCGCCGGUCUCAGGUCUGCAGCCUAGGAUCGGCACUUGGCCCAGGUCCAGGCUAUGAUCAGGCAGAGGGAGCGUUUCCUGUGGGGGAAGGAGUCCUGGAGGCGUUGGCGUGGGAACGGAACAGCGCGCAGAGCCUCAGGCCUCACCCGGCCGGGGCAGGGGCAGGCCUGGAGGGAGGCCUGCCCAGCAGGGGAUGGGGGAUGGGUCUCCCCAGGGCAGAGGUACGGUGGCCCUGGGUGGGCUCGCAGGUGGGUGCCUGUGUGGGGUGAGGAGCCACAAUCCCGGGACGUGGAAGCCACGGGGCCCUGGGGGCUGCACAGGGGCGACAGUGACCCUUGUGCCCAUCGACGCCGGGACCCUGGGCCACCCCGGGACCCUGUGAGCGCAGAAGGGCAGGCGGCAAGGGUGCUGCUUGGUGAAAGGCUGGCUUUUAAAACCCCAGGGCGAGAGCACCCUGGGGCCGAGCCAUCUCAAAGGGUGACUCUUCAGAAGUGCGUAUUUCAGAGGGAGAAGGAGGGGGCGGCGCUGUGGCGUAGUGGGCAAAGCCACUGCCUGCAGUGCCCACAUCCCACAUGGACGGAUGCCAGUCGAUCCAGCUCUCUGCUGUGGCCUGGGAAAGCAGCGGAAGCCGGCCCUGCACCAGGUGGGAGACCCAGAGGAGUCUCCUGGCUUCAGAUCGGUGCAGCUCUAGCCAUAGCGGCCAAUUGGGGAAUGAACCAGCAGGUGGGAAAUCCCUCUCUCCUCUCUCUCCAACU